AUGGCAGUGUCCAUAGCUGCCACUGGGGCUCCGCACGCAAAGGUGCCGAUUGCGGGCAAGCCCCUUCGACUUCGACUACAGGGGAUUCCUCGAGCAGAGCGCUCCUUUGGAAGAUGUCAAGCUGCCGGGCUCGUUGCCGGCGUUGCCCCUGUCCUCGCAGCGCAGACAAGGCGGGAGCGCAUUGCGAGAGCUGCCGAGCCUGGUGGCUCUGUGCGGCAGGCCAAGAAAGCGAGCCAGCCUGACCGGCAGGCAGCACUGGCAAUGAGCAUGUACGGGCAGAAGAUCAUUGGAGCUGACAAGACGGUCCCAGAAGUGGUCCCAGCAGAACUCCUCGAGGGAGAGUUUGGCAAAGAGUUGGAAGCUGCCAUGGAGGCCAUGGUGGAGGUCCUGCACAUGCUCUGCCUAGGGACGCUCAUCCUGGAGGAUGUCAAGGACAAAUCGACCGUCGGUUUGUAUGGCUACAAGUUGGAAGAGAACUAUGUCCGGGAGGAAACCACAAUGCCAGCAGCUGCUGUGACAUGCUACAUCCUGAAGAUGUUGAAGGACAAGUUCCCCGAGGACGUGGUCAUAUCCGACCAGAACCCCGAGCUCUUGUCAAAGGAUGAGAAGUUUGCGGAGACUGUGGCAUCUUUCCUCUCGAGCUUCGACUUGAUUCCCGAGGCAGAUGCUGCAAGCGCCUCAAAGUGGCAUGGCCUCUGCCAAUCGUAUCCAGAGGAUGCAGAGACUGCCCCGGAGAGAUAUUGGGUAUUCAAUCCUGUGGACACAGCCGCCGAGUUUCGUGACGCCAAACAGUUCUGCAGCACUCUGUGCCUGAUGAAAGGGGGUGAGCCAGUGGUAAGUGUCGUUGGCUGCCCCAUGCUCAGCUUCGACCAUCCGAGCCGUACCACAAGCCACCCGUCAGGCAGCAGCAUCUUCUAUGCUGUUAAAGGACAGGGGGCAUGGACGCAGUGCGUCAUCAUGGAAAGGAAAACCGGAAUCUACUUGGGCCGGUAUGGACUGAAGGGCAAGUCCUUGAAGUUGGAUGUUUCGCAGAAGAUCAAGCGUGGCAACGAUGGCCUCUACGACAUGCUUGGAACAGAGCAGCUGCGCAUCGCACAGCAUGCGCGGAUGCGCCAGGACAUCUUCCUGGACUCCGAGCGAAUCGCGAAGCUGCUGGGCUCGGAGUUCGCAAAGUUCCACUUCGUCAACAACGCGCUGAAGUUCUGUUGGCUGGCUCGCGGAGAUGAGGAUGUGGCUUGGACAAUCACCCAAGGGCUAUAUGACAAGUCCGCGAGCAUCAAAGUCACAGAACAUGCAGCAGGCGUGCUUGUGGCGAUGGAGUCAGGGGCAGCAGUGGCAGACCUCGAUGGCAAGGACAUCGACUGGUCCUGCGGCCGCUUGCUUUCUAAGAAUCGCGGGCUCUUUGCGACGGAUCCGAAGAAGGUCCCCAAGCAAGGCUUGAUCAAUGCUGUCAAAGACGCCACUGACAAGUCGGAGGUGCUCUACGAAGAUAGAUGUGAGAAGAGGAAAGAAAAGGCCGCGAUGCUGCGGAAAAUCUUCGAGAAUCUUGCCACUCACGCCGAGACAGCAGAGGAGUUGAAGGGAGCCGAAAUGGUUCGGAAGAAGGGUAUUGAGAUGUUGGACGACGAGGAAGAGAUGAUGAAGCUUACUCAAGCAUCUAUGGACCGAAAUGAGCCAAGCAGAAUGGGGGCUCCUCCAGAGCCUGAUCCAGAUGCACUGGAGGGCGCCCUCCCAUACUCACCCAUAAAGUCUGAUGACUAG